AUGAAAUUAAACACUUUCGCCAGGUUAGUAGCUCUCGCAACCACUAUAUCCGCCGCUCUUCAACCCUUUACUUCCCAAAUCAAAAUCAUCGCAUGGGCCGGUAUUGCGUUCCCGGAUCAAGUCAGAGCUGACAACGACCAUGCUGACCCCUUCGCGGGCGUGACUGCUCAUUUUGUAGUUCCCGCCCCACAAGACAAGAAUCCCGGCCGGGUAUACGCUUGGGUUGGAAUCGACGGGAAUGUUUUUGGGAAAUCUGACCGUGUGAUUCGAACGGGUGUUGAUAUUGAAACGCUGGUAAAUGAUCUAACCCUAGCUAUCUCACUCCACUCAACGAUGGAUUCAGCAAAUGCAAUAAUAACGAACGCGAAUGGCGGGUUAACACUAAUGCAAACAUUUGACGCAUCCAAAGUUCUCCACAAGGCAACAGGAAAAACCGCCCAGUUCAUCAUCGAACGUGUGGAGACGCAAAUCACGGAUACGGAUACGUCUCUGACAUACGCUCCUCUGUUGAAUUUCGGCACGGUUCAAUUUACGAAAUGUGUAGCGACUACUUUUGGAUAUCAAUCGGUGGAUCUAUCGGGUGGAUUGGACGGUUCGAGGAAAGUUGCUGUGUAUCCUUUAACAAUGUAUCUUCGUGAUGAUGUCUAUCCUCUUGGAGAAUUAGCAUUUGGCAAAAAGACUGGCGAACUCACUACGGAGAUUGUGUGGAGGGGCGCUGGCACUAAUGGUUGA